AUGCCUGAAACUGUCAACAGACCCCCCGCGUCCGAAUACGCAAGUAGUGCUGGGAGGUCAAAUUCCUCCGGGAGGGGGCCUCGUAAGAAGUUUAAUGCCGAGCAAAAAUAUGUCUUGAACGACAUGUGGGAAAAGUAUGAAAAGCUGAAUAAACAAAGGUUAAAGCCGAGUUUCUUUCUAUAUCCUCAAGCAUUGCAAAAGAGAGUUGUGGACACCUGCAACAAACGCGCCAGAACGUACAACAACCUGUACCGCUGCUUCGAGGAACAAAACGAGCAGGAAUCACGGGACCGGGCCGAACUCGAAGCUUUCCGGCAAGCACGCACCGCUCAACAAGCCGCUCAACGGGCCCCUGAGCAAGCCGCUGGACAAGCCGCUGGACAAGCCGCUGAACAAGCCCCUGAGCAAGGCCCUGAGCAAGCCGCUGAAGAAGCAGGGGGUACUUGA